UCUAUUGAAUACUGGCCGACAUGAACACCCCUUACUAUUAGCACCCCACUUCUAUUGAAAACUGGUCGACAUGAACACCCCCUUCUAUUAGCAACCCCUUUCUAUUGAAAACUGGCCGACAUGAACACCCCUUACUAUUAGCAACCCCCUUCUAUUGAAAACUGGUCGACAUGAACACCCCCUUCUAUUAGCACCCCCUUCUAUUGAAAACUGGUCGACAUGAACACUCCCUUCUAUUAGCACCCCCUUCUAUUAAAAACUGGCCGACAUGAACACCCCCUUCUAUUAGCAACCCCCUUCUAUUGAGAACUGGUCGACAUAAACACCCCCUUCCAUUACCUCCCCCUUCUAUUAGAGACACUAGAGUACGUUUGCAAAGUUCGCUUUCUCAUCUAAAUGGAAACGAAACAAGGGUUUUCUGUUUUCACGUAAGCGUCUAUGUGGAAGGGGUUUUAAAGCGUUUGUUACAGGAUCAUGUCAUUUGAGAUUUUCUCAGAAUUCGAUAAGAACUCUGCACGAAAGGGCAUGUUCACUAAUUUAAUUAAUUUAUAAUGAGCUAUAUGCUUGAUUAUAUGCACACAAUUAGCUGAGAAUCCCAUUUUAUUUUGAGCUAUAUCUUUAUACGUAUAUCCAGUAUUGCAUGUAACUUGCAAGGAUGAAAUUUAUUUUUCAAUCAGACCAUGGACGAAAUUAGAGGCAAGACAAGUUUUAUUGCCAGCGUUGAAGAGAAUGAGAUUUGCACUGCUCAGGAACUUGUGAAACUGUUACGAGAAUAUGGAGCUUUGGUUGAGGUGAAUCGCGAGAGACCGAAGUGCUCAACAAUUAUUCUGAUCGACGUUGAUUUCAUCCUUAAUCGAAAAUUAUCUUCGGAUGUCUUUGUUUGGCUUGGAAAACGUGGAACAGAAGAACCCUUCUAUCUAAGCAAUGGCAUUGGAGUGAACAGUCAGCUUUACUAUUUGCAAAAUGACGUCAUCGUACUUGCAUAUGCAACGAAGACAAGCAUGGACCGAUUUGGGCAAGGAAUUCAUAGAUUUUUCAAGUUAAUUGAUCUCCCACCAACCAUGCCUGUUCUUCUGCAACGUUGGCUCCGACAAAAGGCAACACGAAACUCAGAAAGCCGAUUAAACUUCAGGGAAAUUGAUAACUGGAGCUCCUGGAUAAGCGAUGUUUACAGAAGAUCUAGAAUCGAUCUUGAAAAGCUAGACAUUAAAUUGGAUAUGCCAGGCUUGUCGUUAUUGUGAAUCAUGUUCAUUUUGUUUUCAAAAUUUGAAGUUCAUUUUUUGUAGAUGCCAAAAGUCGAACCAUUCAAUUUUGUUUCUUUAUUUCGUAAUUCGUUGUCACUUGUGUAAAAGUUGUUUCAUCGUAUAUCUGCUUAGGCUCAAUGUCACCUGGUGCUGCCAUAAAAUGCUCAAACACUUGUUUUGAUAUGUCACCAAAACCAAAUAAAGUCACGCUCAAUUUUCUCAGUAUCUUCAGUGCCAUUUUGGUUUUUACUGAAAAAUAUACCAAAAUAGAUUCAAAGCUAACUAGUUGUAGGUACCAAAGGGACGAUUUCCAGCUUGCUUUAAGGAAUUGAGAAUAUGUAAGAAUGUGCCUUCUGAUCAGAUCACUUAGUUUAUAGUCUCUUUAAUUUUUGCUAGUUGAUUUUCAAUUGUUCUGUAAUUUGGAUGCAAACAUGAAUCGAUUCGAAAAGCACUUUGUAUUGUUACACACAAAGCCAUCAUUUUAUGGACAGUCAAGCCAAUCUGACUGCAAUGUGUUUCAUAAAUUUCUGUUAGUUCAUUGGUCGUUUGUGGCAAGACAUGAUCUAAGCACGAUUAACAAACCUGCAUAUUACUCACUGUCAUUGUUUUCUUCGCAGAUCUUGGGCUGUUUCUGUCUGCCCCUUUCAGUGAUUCAGCCGGCCUUAAAAGCUGGGCUGAAGACCUUUGGUUGCAUCACUUUCUGCCACAAGUCGAGAGUUCUGUGGAGGAGCAGGUUGCCGAGGCAACCAAUACUCAGCAGGACUUAUUGAUCCAAGUCGCUCUGAACGCAUUCUUAGAAGGAGCUUUUUUGCCGCGCUGCCCAUGCAAAUUAGAUAUCGGUUAAGUUAGGACUAAAUUUUUAGAUAUUUUAAUCGACUCUACUAGACCUAAUGCUGUCUGACCAGGAGGAAUGUACUCAUAUUCCAGAGAUUUUGUCGGUGGUCGAAACAGGGAGAUUUGAUGCUUUCAUCAAAAGGAGGGACUUGAAAAUUUUAUAGAAGAAAUGACCUGUCGUUCUCUGAUUUCCCUGGUGCAAAUCAAGUCCUGUUUCGGAUGCCAACACUCUUGUUGUUCAUGUGUGUAACACCUUCUGCAAUUAGAUAUUACUUUCACAAAGUUUUUAAAGAGGCCGGAAGUUUGUCAUAAUGUGCAGGCCUAAGAGGGGACGUAUUUUCGUCAAAAUUUUCGUCGCAGAGGCACCAUCUUUUACCUUGUUACCUAGCAGUCCAGCCAUAUGAUACUCUGGCUACCAGAUCCUCAAUAAACCGGGGAUAAAGUAUUGUAGACCGCUUCGGUGGCAAAGAAGGAAGCUCAAAUAAUUAUUGUUGUUUCCUAAGUGCUUCCAACGGAGGGGCUGUAGCCCCCCUAGCCCUUCCCUGGCACCACCACUGAUUACACCUUUUAAAUACAAAACUAGGGUCUAUUUUCAACUUUCCAAAAGGCGGACAUUUCCAAUUAGCAGACACCUUGCUCUGGUCCCGACAGUGUCCUCUAAAUAGAGAGAAUACUGUAUAUUUCUGAGACUAAAUAAUGGAGACUCUGUCGCCCAGGGUAGCCAUAUGACUGUCUACUGACAAAAAUCUCUUCAUAUCCUCCUUCAACCCUUCUCAAGAUUUAUUGAAUUACUUAUCUUCAGUUUCAUUUUAAGCACUUGUUAUAAACUGCCGACUGAAUCAAAUAAAGUUUUAUCUUACUGUUCUUAAAUACAAAUUCACUUUUUCUAAAACGAAAUGUUUAGUCAAAGUUACGUUGCAAUUAGUUCUUUCAGUUAACAGCGUCAACAGAUAUGUAAAUGAAGGAACCCUCGUUGUAAAAUAGUGCUGUACCAGAGCAUGCUACGUUUCUCGUUGAUAAGUAUGGAAAAACCACUGCCCCAGUUUUCAACUCUUUAUUAUUCAAAUCUAUUUAACACUUAAGGUGGUGGAAAGGGACACUGUGACUCCUGACAAACUCUAAAAGAACAUAUUGUACUUAACACAGAACGGCAAUUGUUGUACUCAACGACGUCGGAGAAUUUUCAUUCCACCUUCUGUCGCGCCCUUUCCCGCCCUGUUCACCAUUCUAUCGACCCGAAUCAUGUUUGCUAGUUUGGUACAUAUUUCAACAGUUUUAUUGCCACUGUUAUCUUGCCUUAAAGCACAAAAAUAAUAGGUGUUACUACCAACAUUAUAAAUUUUAUUCCCGUCCUUUCAAUAACUUAGUAACACACUCAGAAAGAUCAGCUACUUGGUUUGAAACUGGUGUGUUUACUGUGUUUUGUGUAAACUAUUUGAAAACUUGGUACCCUAUUCAGGCGCUGUUCACUCAACCUGAACGAUACUUACAGACACGGUAAAGGGGAUAGAGUAGGAGGGUAAAAGUACCCUUGUCAUUUGUCUACGCAAUUAUCAAGAACAUAUAUACGAGUUUCCGACUGUAGCAACUUUUUCAAAAACUCGCGUGAUUAUUUCGUAUCUGCUAGAAGUGAGCCGUUCAUACGCUUAUCGGAAUGGAAAUAUCAUUUACAUAACAGUAGAAGCUGCAAAUCACUGUUGCAAAUUUUUUUCUUAUCAUGAAGCUAAUAGCCAUGCCCCUGGACCGUGCCGGUGUCUUCAACGACUCUAGACCUCAAAGAUAUUCAUAAAGAAAUACCUAAAUAGAUUUUCAAUGUAAAGUGAGAAACAUAUUACUUUAUCCUCGGUGAGUAUUUAUAAUAAACAAAUUUAUAACAGUUUAGGUAUUGUGAUGUACAUGGUAAAAAUUUGCCUUAUCGAUUUCAUCCAGAAAUCCUGUCGUUUUUUGACUCUCUCUUUCUCUUCUGUCGAAAACAAAAAGAAAGUUCUUAUGUUGAUGCACAAGGUAAGGUAAGAGCUGAGACAUACUUGUAAAGCUUUUCACUGCAUCGACCAGUUUCUUAAUUCUCGAAUACUGAGAAAAGGGACCUUAUUUCGACAAGUAUUUUGACAAGAAGCUCAAGGGUAAAGGAAAGCGAAAGAAUGAAAAUUAAUCUAAAUUAUAGGUCC